CCAUACAAAAGCAAAACCUCUUCAUGGACCAAGUUGAUUUUGAACCUGCCAAGCAAUGGACUGCUCUCAGAUUACAUGACCCUUCCUCACAACAUCCCCCAUCCAGUGAUCUUGGUGGAAUAAUUCCUAAUCCGCCAGUUAUAAUCCGAUCUGGUGGGGGCAUCCACAACUAUCUCUAUAAGUUAGUCCCAUCUGCUGAUGUUUCUGGCCAAACCAAAUUCCAGGGAAGUAGUAUUCUCGGUAAAUUUCAGAUUACAUGGCGCACAAAUUUGGGUGAACCUGGUCGCUUACAGACCCAACAAAUUCUUGGCGCUCCAGUCAGCCGCAAAGAGAUUAAUAUGAGAGUUGUGGAGGUUCCAACUACUAUACACUUGAAUAGACCUUUUUCGGCAUCCUUGAAUCUCACAAACCAAACUGAUAGGCAGUUGGGACCCUUCGAGGUUUCACUGUCGCAAGAUGAAUCACAGAUGGAGAAGCCGGUUGCCAUUAACGGUCUCCAGAAACUGAUGUUACCAAGGCUUGAGGCAUUUGGCUCCAGUGAUUUCCAAUUGAACCUGAUCGCCUCCAAACUGGGAGUCCAGAAAAUAGGUGGGAUCACAGCCUUGGACACAAGAGAGAAGAAAACCUACGAGCUUGUUCCAGAGAUGGAGAUAUUUGUAGAGUCGGAUUAGUAAUCUUCCGAGUGAUUGUUAUUCCUCCAAAGGUCUUGUAAUUCAACACAUGUGUGUCGUUCAAGUUUUUUUUGACGAUUAGUUUAAAAUAAAUUUGGUUUGGUUAUGCGCUUUUUAGAUGCAGAAAAAAAAGAAGUAAAGGGCUACUAACAUAUUGCAUCUUGUUGCGGAUUAUUUGCUUUUUUUUCUUAAAAGUUGAUUGUUGGUUGUAAUUUGUUAAUCAUGUAUGCAGCACCCAAUGAAGGAUCAAUCUACAGACAUGAAAAAGAUGUAUUGGUUUUUUUU